AUGUCUGCAGAGGACUUUAACUAUCUACUGGAGAGGGUUAGUCCUGCUAUCAUCAAGAAGGAUACACACCUCAGGAAGGCCAUCAGCCCCAGGGAAAGGCUUUCAGUUACCCAACGAUUUUUGGCAACAGGUGAAACCUUCAACUCAUUAAGUUUCCAGUAUAGGAUUGGAAGCACCACACUGAGCAGGAUUGUCAUGGAAACAUGCACAGCUCUUACCUGUGCACUGCAUGAAGAUUACUUGAAGACACCAUCAACCGAGUCUGAGUGGAAGGCCAUUGCCAGAGACUUUGCAAACAAGUGGCAAUUUCCACACUGCCUGGGAGCUAUAGAUGGUAAACACAUCUUCAUCCAACCCCCUCCCAAGAGUGGCAGCAUGUAUUUUAACUACAAGUCCAGGUUUUCCAUCAUUCUUAUGGCUGUUGUUGAUGCCAAUUACAAGUUUGUGUAUGCAAGCGCAGGGACACAAGGUAGGGUCUCUGAUGCAGGAGUGUUUGCCCAUUCAGACCUGAAAGAAGCAAGGGACACAGAUCUCAUGAAACCAUAUCCAUUUCGAAACCUUAACACCGAUCAGAGAAUAUACAACUACCGUCUGUCCAGAGCACGUCGCGUUGUGGAGAACGCUUUCGGAAUUUUGGUGAAUCGCUUCAGAGUGUUCAGAACAACAAUUUGCCUGGACCCAGACAAGGUUGUCACCAUUAUCUUUGCGUGUCUUUGUCUGCACAACUAUCUCCGGGACCACAGAUCUGACGCCUAUGUACCACCUGGCUAUGUGGAUUCUGAGGAUGCCAACCACCAGGUGGUCGAAGGUGCAUGGAGAAGGGAGGGAGAGCUUCAGUCAGUUUCAAUGGGCCUUGCACGGAACCCCUCAGUGGAAGCAAAGAAACAACGAGAUGUCCUUUGCGAGUACUUUGUCUCACCUGGAGGGAGUGUUUCAUGGCAAGAAGACAUGGUGUAG